AUGGCUGUGAGAGAUAAUAAAGACAAGGAUUGGAUCUUCAUUGCGGUGUAUGGUAGUCCCUCUCUACACUUAAGAAGGGGGCUUUGGAACGACCUCAACCAGGAGAAACUUCAUAUUCGGGGUCCCUGGAUGAUUGCAGGUGAUUUCAAUGCCAUCCUCAACACUGAGGAAACCUCAAACCAAAAUGCAAGUGGAAAUUACAGGAAUGACGAUUUCAGAAAUUGGAUGUUUAAUGAAGGUCUAGUGGACCUCGGUUAUAUUGGUCAAACUUUCACCUGGAAAAGGGGGAACGAUCAAACUACCUUCAAAGGCGCUAGACUUGAUCGGGCUAUUUGUUCUUUAGAUUUGCUGGAAACCUUUCACAACACGAAGGUAACGCAUUUAGCAGCUAACAGUUCCGAUCAUUGCCCGAUCAAAAUCUGCAUUGAUGAAACACAAAGGUCUUAUCAAACGCCCUUUCGGUUCCAAGGAGCAUGGACCAGCCAUGCAGGCUUUCUUGACUGUAUCAGAAAUGCUUGGAAUGUCAAGACCGACGUUUGGAGUAACAGGGAAAAUAUGGCCGCGAAGCUGAAGGUUUGGAAUAGAGAUGUUUUUCGUAACAUUCACUCUCUCAAAAGAACUUGGAAAAAAAACUUGAAGGUAUCCAAAGAAGAUUGGACCAAAGACUCGAAAUGGGCCUGA